GGAGGAGGAGGAGGAGAAGGAGGAGGAGGACCCGGGAUCAGUCCGAGUGCGGGAGGCAGGGCUCUCCGUAGCGUCGGCGCUGCCGUGCUCGCCGCUCGCGGCCGGGGCUGCCCUAGAAGAUGUUGAAGGAGAUGUAACUGAACUAGAGCUGAAGCUGGAUAAGCUGGUGAAGCUCUGUAUUGCCAUGAUUGAUACUGGAAAGGCCUUUUGUGUAGCAAACAAACAGUUCAUAAAUGGCCUACGGGAUCUGGCCCAUUACUCCAGCAGAGAUGAACUUGUGGAGAACAGCUUGACAAAAUUCUCUGAUAGCCUCCAAGAGAUGAUCAAUUAUCAUACAAUCCUCUUUGACCAAACCCAAAGAUCAAUUAAAGCACAACUUCAGAUGUUUGUUAAAGAAGAUAUACGGAAGUUUAAAGAUGCAAAGAAGCAGUUUGAGAAAGUGAGUGAGGAGAAAGAGAACGCCCUUGCCAAAAACGCUCAAGCCCCAAGGAACAAGCAGCAUGAAGUUGAAGAGGCGACCAAUAUUCUGACCGCGACCCGGAAAUGCUUUCGGCAUAUUGCUCUGGACUACGUGCUUCAGAUUAAUGUUCUUCAGUCAAAGAGGAGAUCAGAGAUCCUAAAAUCGAUGCUGUCCUUCAUGUGUGCUCACCUGGCCUUCUUCCACCAAGGCUAUGACCUGUUCAGCGAACUUGGACCCUACAUGAAGGACCUUGGAGCCCAGCUGGAUCAGCUGGCUCUAGAUGCUGCAAGGGAGAAGAAGGAGAUGGAGCAGAAACAUUCCACGAUUCAGCAGAAGGAGUUCUCCAGUGACGACAUGAAGCUUGAGUACAACGUUGAUGCUGCGAACGGCAUUGUGAUGGAGGGCUACCUCUUCAAGCGAGCCAGCAACGCCUUCAAGACCUGGAAUAGGCGCUGGUUCUCCAUCCAGAAUAACCAACUGGUCUACCAGAAAAAGUUCAGGGAUGUGCCCACCGUUGUCGUCGAAGACUUGCGACUGUGCACCGUGAAGCACUGUGAGGACAUAGAAAGACGCUUCUGUUUCGAAGUGGUGUCUCCAACCAAGAGUUGCAUCCUGCAGGCUGAUUCAGAGAAGCUGCGGCAAGCGUGGAUCCAGGCUGUGCAAACCAGCAUCGCCAGUGCCUACAGGGAGAAAGGGGAGGAGGCCGAGGUGGAGAGAAAGCGCCCCCCCUCCACAGGAAGCCCCGAGUCCAGCCGGGAGUCCAAAGAGAAGUUGCUGAAAGGGGAAGGCUCGCUCCAGAGGGUCCAGGCCAUUGCUGGCAAUGUGGUGUGUUGUGACUGUGGCCUGGUAGACCCUCGGUGGGCCAGUAUCAACCUCGGGAUCACACUGUGCAUCGAGUGCUCGGGCAUUCACAGGAGCUUGGGCGUCCAUUUCUCCAAGGUCAGGUCCUUGACACUUGAUUCAUGGGAGCCAGAGCUUUUGAAGCUGAUGUGUGAAUUGGGAAAUGAUGUCAUAAACAGGGUGUAUGAAGCAAACAGAGAAAAAAUGGGAGUCAAGAAGCCCCAUCCUGGAAGCCAAAGACAGGAAAAGGAAGAGUACAUUAGGGCGAAGUAUGUGGACCGGCGGUUUGUGUCCCCUGCUGACCCAGGAGGAGAGCCAGCCCUGACCCCCAGCCAAGAGGCAGAGAAGCGAGAGAGCCCGGAAAACGUGGCGGCCUCUCUGAAAGCGCCAAGCAGCGACCGUGGGUUCCAGCCCGGCGGGGAGGAGAGCAGAGAGCAUUUGGUAGUCACUGCCCCAGCCAGCAUCUUGCACGAACCAGCGGGAGAAAGACAGGGGGAGGCGGCGGUGGCUUCCCAGGAUCCCAAGCUGUUGCUUGCAGGGCUGCAGCUGUAUCACGCCGCCUAUAAGAAGAGCCUUCCCCAGAUGGCUGAAGCUCUGGCUCGGGGGGCAGACGUCAACUGGAGCAACCCAGAGAAGAAUGGCUUCACUCCGCUGAUCCAGGCAGUCCGUGGGGGCUCCCUGGUCACUUGUGAGUUUCUCCUCCAGAAUGGGGCUAACGUGAACCUGAGAGAUGCCCAGGGCAGAGGACCACUGCACCAUGCCACCAUCUUGGGGCACACAGGGCAGGUGUGUUUGUUCCUGAAAAGGGGUGCGAACCAGCACGCCAGAGACGAGGACGGGAAGGACCCUCUAAGCGUCGCCAUAGAAGCAGCCAACGCUGACAUUGUGACCCUGUUGCGCCUAGCCAGGAUGAACGAAGAGAUGCGGGAGGCGGAAGGCCUCUACGGCCAGCCAGGUCUGCCUGCCGACAGCCCCACGGAGAUGCAGUACAGGAAGUGCAUUCAGGAAUUCCUCAGCAGGAGACGAAACUUACCAGGACAUAUUUCGGGACUUCUCCCAGAUGGCGUCCAACAACCCAGAAAAAUUAAAUCGUUUCCAGCCACCUGAUUUGCAAAAGCCUUGAAAGGUCCGAGAGCUACAAAGAAUAAGACCUCAGCCCCCAUGUACCCUCAUCCCCCCUUUUUAUACAUAAAUCAGCUUUAAUUGCU